AUGGUUAUCCUGAAAGAAAUCCACAGGCUUGACUCACCCGCCGGCGCCCGCCUGACCCCCCGCGGCUUCGUUUCCUUUCCCAGAACCAGCAACGGGAAGAGCACGGUGAUCAACGCCAUGCUGCGCGACCGCGUGCUGCCCAGCGGCAUCGGCCACACCACCAACUGCUUCCUCAGCGUGGAGGGCACAGACGGGGACAAGGCCUACCUCAAGACCGAGGGCUCGGAGGAGGAGCAGAGCGUCAAGACCGUGAACCAGCUCGCCCACGCCCUGCACAUGGACAAGAGCCUGGACUGCGGCUGCCUGGUGAAGGUCUUCUGGCCCAAGGCGAAGUGUGCCCUCCUGAGGGACGACCUGGUGCUGGUGGACAGUCCAGGGACUGAUGUGACAACUGAGCUGGACACCUGGAUCGACAAGUUCUGUCUGGACGCGGAUGUGUUUGUCUUGGUGGCCAACUCCGAGUCUACGCUGAUGAACACCGAAAAGCACUUUUUCCACAAGGUGAAUGAGCGUCUUUCCAAGCCCAACAUCUUCAUCCUGAACAACCGGUGGGACGCGUCGGCCGCCGAGCCCGAGUACAUGGAGGAUGUGAGGAGGCAGCACAUGGACCGCUGUGUCAGCUUUCUGGUGGAGGAGCUCAAGGUGGUGGAGCGAGAGCAGGCCCCCAGUCGAAUCUUCUUCGUGUCGGCGAAAGAGGCGCUGAAUGCCAGGAUGCAUCGAGCUCAGGGCAUGCCGGAGGGGGGUGGUGCUUUAGCUGAAGGGUUCCAGGAGAGACUGAAGGAGUUCCAGAAUUUUGAGAGAACGUUUGAGGAGUGUAUCUCGCAGUCAGCAGUGAAGACAAAGUUUGAGCAGCACACGAUCAGGGCCAGGCAGAUCACUGAGACCGUGAAGGGCAUCAUGGACGCCAUCAAUAUCACCUCAGCAGAGAAGAGAGUCCGUUCGCUGGAAGAGAAGGACGACCAGGUGGACCGACUGGAGUUUGUCCGCAAUCAGCUGAACUUGCUGACUGAGGACAUUAAGAAGAAGAUCAAGGCCGUGACGGAAGAAGUGGAGGCCAAGGUUUCCAACGCAAUGGCGGAAGAGAUUUGCCGUCUGUCGGUGCUGGUGGAUGAGUUCCACUCUGAUUUUCAUCCCUCUGCACAAGUUUUAAAAAUGUACAAAUCUGAACUUCUGAAACACGUGGAGGAAGGAAUGGGGAAGAACUUGGCCUUCCACUGCUCCAGCGCCGUCAACGCGUCUGUGCACUCAGCCCAGCAGCAGAUGAUCGAGAGCCUGCAGCCUCUGCUGCCCCCUGCUGCUCAGGACCGGCUCCACAUGCUGGUCCCCUGCAGGAAGUUCGACCUCAGCUAUGACCUGAGCUGCAGCAGCCUCUGCUCCGACUUCCAGGAGGACAUCGAGUUCCGCUUCUCUCUGGGCUGGGCGGCCCUGGUCACCCGCUUCCUGGGCCCCGCCAACGCCAAAAGGGCCCUGACGCUGGUGGACAGAAGCUUCCAGAUCCCCCAGCCUCUGGCGACGACGCCGCCCGCAGUGGGGGCUCUGCCUGGGGCCCAGGGCGCCCCGUCUCAGGACGAGCUGGUGCUGUCCAUGGCCGCCGGCUUGGCCUCGCUCACCUCGCGGACGUCCAUGAGCGUCCUCAUCGCCGGCGGAGUGGUGUGGCGGACGGUGGGCUGGAGGCUGAUCGCGCUGUCGGCCGGGCUGUACGGGCUGCUGUACCUGUACGAGCGGCUCACGUGGACGACCCGCGCGCAGGAGAGGGCUCUGAAGCGGCAGUUCGUGGACUACUCCACCGAGAGGCUGCAGCUGAUCGUCAGCUUCACCAGCGCCAGCUGCAGCCAGCAGGUCCAGCAGGAGAUGGCUUCUACCUUUGCGCGGCUGUGCCAGCAGGUGGACCUCACGCAGAAGGAGCUGGAGGGCGAGAUCAGCAGGCUCACCAACAACAUCGAGCGGCUGGCAGCAGUCCAGAGCCGGUCCAAGAGCCUGAGGCACAAGGCAACGCGACUGGAGACAGAGCUGCAGAAUUUCACCACGCAGUAUUUACAGCCUGAGCAGUAAGUCUCCCCACCCCAGGACAGAGGACGCGCAGACUCUGCACACCACCGCAGGAAGGAGAGCUCUUUUUAUAGCAGAUUUUAUUUUUCAUCAGAGAAGUCUGUACCAAGAGUUCACAAAAAAGGAUUACCCACCCUUUCUCAGUAAGCCCUUCAGAUGUUUUUGUACCUUUCUACUUUUAUCUCCCCUCUAGGAUCCUUAAUAAACCUAAGGUUGAAACGAAACACACCUGAAUCACACAGGUCUGAAUAAUUUUUCAGGUAUAAUGUGGUGCUUUAGAGAAGAGCUUUAAUACUUUACAACAAGCUAAAUUACCAGAGUUCAAACCCUGUUUGAGCCGUUUUACAGGUAUAUUCACUUUUGAAGAUCAUUGUUAUCGAAGUCUGAUUUGAAACAGGUGGACAUUUCCAGUCCUGCACUGGUCAUUGGUCUGGCAUGUCUGUAACUACAACACAUGGAGCUGUGCUCUGGCUCGUCUUCCAGCUGGUGUCCACAAGACCUGAGCAGUGAUUUAAAGACUGUUUCUGCCACUGCGGAUCAUGGCUCUACCCUGUAGUGCUGUAACCUUGAGCAGAAUAUGUGAAACCUCAAUCUGGCUUUUGAGGGGCCAUAACCUUCAAGGUUAACCCCAAGGUGUGCUCAGUCUGCCAUAUUCACUGUUGUGAAAGUCAGUUUUUGAGAAAAAUAAGGUUUGUAUAGAACUGUUUGAUUACCACAAUUGUAUUUUAUAUUUUUUGGUAAUGGUUUGUACAAGCAUGAGCUGGGCAAUACUGUAAAAAAAAACUUUUUCUUCUUUGUGAAAGUCCCAUCUAUUAUUGCUUUUUUUCGGUUUGAAGAGCCACUGUAGUUACCUCUUUAUUUAUAUGAAAGAAAUUUAAUUAAAGUAUCAAAUUGUUAAAAGCGCA